AUGCUAGCUUUCACAGCCAUUCACACCGCUGCCCACUACAUCAAUUUCUACAACAUCGAAAAGGAUCAUAUCCGCCCAGAGCUUGCAGUUGAGAUCCAUUUUGCUCGCGCAAGUGGUAUCACUGGCCAUGUCAUGCUCCUGUGCAUGAUGCUCAUCUAUACCACCGCCCACCACCGUAUUCGCCAGCAAGCAUAUGAAACCUUUUGGUAUGGGCAUCACCUUUUUAUUCCGUUUAUGCUGGCACUAUACACGCAUGCCACUGGGUGUUUUGUGCGAGAUACUGCCAGCCCUAUCUCUCCUUUCGCAGGACGAAAGUUCUGGGAUCAUUGCCUUGGCUAUGAAGGGUGGAGAUGGGAGUUGGUCAUCGGAGCUUUGUAUCUCUUCGAGCGACUUUACAGGGAGAUUCGAUCCCGGCGCGUGACGGUCAUCACAAAAGUCAUCCGUCAUCCUUAUGCCGCCAUGGAGAUCCAGUUCCAAAAACCAAGCAUGAAGUACAAAGCCGGACAAUGGGUGUUCCUUCAAGUGCCUGAUGUCUCCAGUACUCAAUGGCAUCCGUUCACCAUUACAUCCUGCCCCUUCGAUCCAUAUCUCAGCAUCCACGUCCGUCAAGUCGGAGAUUUCACCCGAGCACUCGGAGAUGCACUCGGUUGUGGUCCCGCCCAAGCCAAAGACCUGGAAGGCCUCGACCCCAACGGCAUGUACGAAGUUGCUCUGCAGAACGGACAGACCAUGCCCGCAAUGCGCGUGGAUGGACCAUAUGGAGCCCCCGCAGAAGAUGUGUUUGACAACGAAAUCGCUGUGCUUAUCGGCACCGGAAUCGGAGUCACACCCUGGGCAUCAAUUCUCAAGAACAUUUGGCAUCUCCGCUCAGGUCCCAACCCUCCUAGCCGGCUACGACGUGUCGAGUUCAUCUGGGUCUGUAAAGAUACCUCAUCAUUUGAAUGGUUCCAAGCUCUGCUAUCUUCUCUCGAAGCCCAAUCCGCCAACGCGGCUGCUAGCGAGGGAAGUGCUGAGUUUUUGCGUAUCCAUACCUAUCUCACACAGCGCCUUGACGCUGACACCGCUGCAAACAUCUACCUCAACUCUGUUGGACAGGCUCUCGACCCUCUCACCGAGUUAAAGAGUCGGACGAACUUUGGUCGUCCGGACUUUAAGCGGCUUUUUACCGCCAUGCGGCUUGGCUUGCUGGACCAAUCUUACAUGGCUGGUCUGCAUAGUGCUGCUACCACCGAUAUCGGUGUAUAUUUCUGUGGUCCUAAUACUGCUGCCAUGCAGAUCAGCGUUGCGGCCAAAUCUUCAUCAACAAAGGACGUCCGGUUUAAAUUCUGGAAGGAACACUUCUAG